AUGACGUCACGCGUCGCCGGUAAAGCCGGCGGCAGCGGGCAUGGCCCAGCUGGGCGCGAUCGCGGCGCUCGCCCUCAGCUUCUUCGCCGCCGCCUUCCUCUCGGCCAUCCACAAGAUCGAGGAGGGGCACAUCGGCGUCUACUACCGCGGCGGGGCGUUGCUGACCUCCACCAGCGGGCCCGGCUUCCACCUCAUGCUGCCCUUCAUCACGUCCUACAAGUCAGUGCAGACCACGCUGCAGACAGACGAGGUGAAGAAUGUUCCCUGUGGCACCAGCGGUGGAGUGAUGAUUUAUUUUGACAGAAUUGAGGUGGUGAAUUUCCUGAUCCAGAGUGCAGUGUAUGACAUCGUGAAGAACUACACUGCUGACUAUGACAAAGCUCUAAUCUUCAACAAGAUCCACCAUGAGCUGAACCAGUUCUGCAGCGUCCACACACUGCAGGAAGUCUACAUCGAGCUGUUCGAUCAGAUUGAUGAAAACCUUAAACUGGCCUUGCAGCAAGACCUGACGACCAUGGCCCCUGGGUUAAUUAUACAGGCAGUUCGAGUUACAAAGCCAAACAUCCCUGAAACAAUCCGGAGGAAUUAUGAGCUCAUGGAGAGCGAGAAGACAAAGCUGCUGAUUGCAGCACAGAAGCAGAAGGUGGUGGAGAAGGAAGCAGAGACAGAGAGGAAGAAAGCCCUCAUCGAGGCAGAAAAAAUAGCACAAGUUGCUGAAAUAACUUAUGGACAGAAAGUGAUGGAAAAGGAAACGGAGAAGCGGAUUUCAGAGAUUGAAGAUGCUGCGUUUCUUGCAAGAGAGAAGGCGAGAGCUGAUGCCGAGUGCUACACCGCUAUGAAAGUAGCCGAGGCUAACAAGCUGAAGUUGACUCCUGAGUACUUGCAGCUGAUGAAAUACAAGGCCAUUGCUGCAAACAGCAAGAUAUAUUUUGGCAAAGAUAUUCCCAACAUGUUCAUGGACUAUGCGGGAAGCCAGACCAAACUUGCAGAGGGACUGGCAGAAGGAAUCUUAGAAGAGGAUGGGGCAGGAACCAGUGAGGACACAAAACUACUUCAUAAUGUCAACUGAAAAUAACGAUUUCUAUUUGUUUUAUAUUGAAACACGAACUGGGAAAUUCCUUUUUGUUUUCCCCCUUUCCUCUACUGAAAGAGACAAAUCAGACUUAAUCCUUUCGAUCUUUUGUAUGACCAUUAGGCACAAAGACUUUGGUAUUUAUGGGGUGUUUUUCCGGGUAACUUCUAAGCAGCCAGCUCCAGGUAUGUCCUCCAGGUGCACCUCUCCCUCUUGGAUGUGCAGGCCAAAUGACUCUGGAGAGGCUUGCUCACCUGUCUGUCCUGCAGCCAGCUUAGGUGGGGACUUGAUUUUGGGCUGGAGUGGUUUGUAGCAGUUGGAAAUAAAUGAGAUUUUGAGGUUUGGGUGGGAGGGGAAUUGCUGCUACCACUCCUUUUGUUUUUUGUUGGAGCUUUUGAGUACUUUAUUCCAAACCCCUUUCUCAAAGAGGUGCUAGACUUUUGUACACUACGCGUGUCUGCAGGAGGGCACAGACCUUGUCUGAGUGGCGGGGUCGUGCUGGUGUGUGGGGUGCCGGGAUGAUCCAACAGCCCGUAUCCACGCUCCCGGUCCAUCCUGAGCGCAGAGUGUUGCAAAUGCAUAAAACCCCCUUUUACUGAGCUCCAAGCUGCUGUGUUUUGCCUUGGUAGGGCAGCUGAGACAGAGUUCCAGAAGUUUGGCUGCAAUCCUGAAGGUUACCUGGUUUCCAUGAGGAGAUCGAAGCCUUAGACCGUGUGUUGCACAGGUAGUGGCUCGUUUUCCUGCUUCUUAGCACUGGUUUGCUUUCCAGACAAAGCAGAGUCUGUGUUGGCAGGCUUUUGCCAGCAGUUUUGCUGCUGGGUGAUGCAUGAGGGAGGCAGUGUCCUGCCAGUGGGUAACCAGACUCGAUUUUCAGUGAUCCAGACUGCAGUGAAAAUCGAGGGAGAAAGGAAUUUUUGCCUCAGGGACCCUGACUUUGCAAAGAGCCUUGCCGGCAAGGAACGGCUUGUGUGACUGGUCCCCUGGUCACUACAGCACAUUCUCUGCCUCUGCAAGAGCAGUUGCACUUCAAUUUCAGUGUUUGCGGCAUCGUCUCAGAAAAAGGACGUUGAGGUAAACAGGAGCAGAUGGAACACAGUUUAUGUUGUGUUUGGGUUUUGUUCUCAGGCCUUGUGCAAGAUUUCCUGGUAGCAAAGGACAGAAAUGAUCAUCCUGAAGAGCCACAGGGCAGAGAAAGGCAUCUCUGGGCUGUCCAAAGAUGAAUUUUCCUUCCUUUUUGCUCAGAUUGAUGCUAUAGAAUGUACCUUCCACUUCAGGAACCUGAUUAAUCCUUCACCAGGGAGGUGAUAGGGCUUUGUUUUACACACAUGUAAGACCCGAGGAGUGUUAAAGACAAAAGUUCAGGCCAAGAGAGAACACUUGUUUCCUUUCCCUAAUCCAUCUGCCGCUCUGCAGGAGAGCCUGUUUAUUAAUUGCUGUUAUAAUUUGCAGCCGGCGUACUGGUAAGAGGUGGUGUGAGUUGGUUGUCGGAGAGCAGCCAACUACAUUUACAAUCCCGUGCCCCAAACGCUGGCUACCUGCUAUGCGUGGCUUCACUCUUCAGUGUUUUAAAUAAGCAUUAGCCUUUUUGGUGAGGCGGUCACACUAAGGUGGAAACGUGAUGAGUUUCAGCUGCUGGUUCCAGUAUUUGUACUUCAUUUUCCCUUUCCCUGUUAGGAGAGUGACUGUUGAGACUUGAAAAUGCAAAAUGAAAGAUAAGCAUUGGUGCCUGCUGGAGAAAAGUCCCAUUUCUUACGUGUCGUUGUUGGAAAACAGGAGCUAAGGGAAGUGUCAUCUCCAGACCUGUGCACUCUGUUAGGCAGCGUGGCAGUCAAAUAAUCGCGUUGAUGGUAGGCUGUGAUAUUCUUGACUUUUAUAAAUGGAUCUUUGCAGGAAAACUAUGAACGGGGAAUAGCGGAAGCUUAGGAAUGAGGUAAUAGUACCUAAACCUCUGAGGAUGAUCUCAUUUGGGAUUGUUCUGUGUUCAUAUUAGGCAUUUCCACUAGUCGCUAAAACCUCCUUUUUAUGUAUUUUUCACUAAUGAAAUAACCCAACUAAGCCAAAGCGGUAUUAGAGUGUGGUUUUUGUAUGGCUUCGUGGUGAGACAAUAGGUUGGAAUGAGUAAGUCAUAAUGCGAUUUUUUUUUUAAUCAAAAACGUUACUGCUGAAGUAUUCUUGUUGUUAACAUAAAUUGUAAUAAGAGUGAAAAAUGCAAAAACAGAGUUGAAAUCUUAGUAGGCUUCACAAGCCCAAAUCCAUUGUUGCAUUCUUCAGGUUCCUUCAUUGUAUGUAUAAUUUCUUUAAUUUUCCCGAGUAGAUCUGUCACUAUGUGUAAGUCUUUAUUCCGUCUAUCUCGUUAAACUGAUGUUUUGUUCUAAUUUCCAUGAUCUGAAGUCUCAGAAUUAAAAUCUGCAUUUUAAAACCACUCUGUAUAUCAAGGAAAAUACAGGGUUGUGGCACUGCUGAUACCUGGGAAUGGCCGGCAGGAGCAUGGGAAUGCUUUACCGGUACAGUCUUUGAUCUUCUUACGCAUUUAAUUAAAAGCCUUUUUAUUUUGGUAUUUGCUAUGACAAUAAA